UACAUCAACCUCGAUUACUCUGGGUCAACCUUACACGCUCGUACGGCAGAUCAGGUAGAUGGUGGUUUCUUUGGACAUAGGAUAUAGUUCGAUCUUUGUACAAAGGACGGAAACCAGGAUUCCAUGAUUCAAAAGCAUAUAUAUUCAAACCUUCCAGUACCCGACUUUUCAUGGGACCGUAGCUGCUUCAAUCGUAUCAAGACGUGGAUCGACCAAUGCUCCGAGCAUACCAUUUGCCCUCGGGUGACGUCUGCAAUCCUUCCGAGACGAGUGAUCGAAGUACCAAAAGAUCCUUCUGUAGCGCCCAGGCUGCUGACACCCAACGGUGGAGUGGGCCAAUACGUCAUUCUGUCCCAUUGCUGGGGUAAAAAGGUGCCAGCGAGAUUGACAACAUCUCUCAUCACUGAGUAUGGGCAGAGCAUGAGUGUGGAGCUGCUCCCACAAAGUUUCGAAGACGCCAUCGAGAUCACACGCAGACUGGGUUAUCGAUAUCUUUGGAUCGACGCACUAUGCAUCAUUCAAGACGAUGCUAACGACUGGGAGCAAGAAGCGCCAAUGAUGGCCUCAUACUAUGGUCUCUCAUCCCUCAUGAUAUCUGCGACUGCGGCCAGAGAUAGCUGUGAAGGUUUCCUUACGAGACGCGAUGUCAUCGUGUCUCCUGGAUUGGGAGUAGAGAGAAGUCGUUACUUGCGAUAUGGAAUAAUCCGAUCAGAUAGAGAUAUCGCAGAUUCCAUCUUAUCCACUCGUGGAUGGGCUGCACAGGAGCGGUUGCUAGCUCCCCGCAUCAUACACUACACGCGCCGACAGAUGAUCUGGGAAUGCGCAGAAGGAUUGGCAUCUGAAGCUUCGGGACCACACUUGUUGAAAUCUCCUGUCACAAAUGAUUACCCGAUUCCGCAAAAGCGCCGGCUUCAACCAUUAUUUACAGAGGCUUUGGUGGAAGCGAACAGCCGGUUCUGUUUUCCUCUCAACCCCGCGAGAAGCGGUGUUCCACUCUUGUUGCAAGCAUGGCACGAAUGUGUCCACGAGUACUCCAAUCGCCGCCUAACAAUGUCGUCCGACAAGCUUCACGCCGUGGCCGGUAUCGCGACUCUGCUCAACGACAACGGUGAAUUGGGAUAUUACCUUGCCGGGAUCUGGAGCAAGCAUCUAGCAGAUCAUCUUGCAUAGAGAAGACACAAAAAGCCC